CACUGUCUUGCCGCCUUUUGAUGUCCCCAUCCCGCCGCCCGUUGAUAAAUAGGAAACCGCUUCCCCCUUGCCGUUUCAGCUGACAAGCUUCCAGAGUGUCUUUUCCUUCUCGAACCACCUGAGAGCCUGAUGCCCCUCCUUACAAACACUACCCUCUCCGUGUUCUCCAGCACGAAGUGGUUGCAAAGCCGGGACGAAUACACGGGUGGGCGGGACGGAGUCAGUAAAUUUAAAAUAUGUAGGGGCGAAGUAUUGUCUGCUACAGAUCUUCAAGUUCCAAUGCGACCUACCCGAGCUGGAACUGGUGACGGUAUGGGAUCAAGGAAUAUUAUCAUUCCAAAAACGCCUGCUCGGGAAAAGCAAAAUCCUUCGAAUGAAAUUGAAAGUUUGCACGGUACUAUUAAUCAGCUCCAGAAUCAAAUGAAAUAUCUGCAACCUGGGGAUGGCAGCUUCAAUUCUACAGAUUUCAGGUGGAGGCUGAAUAAAAUAGAAAAAGAAAAAUUGGAAUUAACCAGCAAAUUUAAUGAAGAGCGUUCAGCAUUUGAAAGUCAUGUUGCUAGGUUGCGAGCACAACUGGAGAAAGGAGAAGCAAUGCGACAGACCCUGGAGUAUGACUUGGCUGUGUCUAAGAAGGAAGCCAGUGUCGUGCGAACUACUUCAGAAGACAGAAUAGAGUCUAUACACAAAAUACACGCACAAUUGAAAGUACAAAAUUCAGAACUUCAGCAGAAAGUGGAGAAUUUGGAAAGGACUUCACAAAUUCUGCAACAAGCAAGGGAAGAUGAUCAGCAGAGGUUUCAAAGUGAACAGGAGGAUCAUGAGAAGAUCAUUCAGAACUCUAAUACAGAAAAUGAAUUCCUGAUAGCUGAAAGGAAUCGAAUUAAUACUAUCUUGCAGGACCAGGAGCAAACGUUUGUUGAGCUGCAAAAACGAUUAAAAGAGCUAGAAGUUGAGCGCAAUAGUCUCACCGAAGCACUGCGAAGGCAGGCAAAAGAAUUUGAGUACAGUAUUGAUCGAGAGGAGCGUCUGAAAAAAGAGCUGGAGAUGGGAAAACAAAGAGUGAAACUAUUGGAAGAAAAUAUUGAGGCAGAAAGGGCUGCCCAUCUGGAGUCAAAGUUCAACUCUGAAAUUAUUCAGUUACGGAUUCGUGACCUUGAGAAUGCAUUGGAAGUGGAAAAAUCAAGCCAUGCAAACGCAGUGUCAACUUUGGAAAUGAUCAAGCAACAACUCAGGGAUGUUGAAUUCUCGUAUGAACGGGAGAGAACAAAAGUUGUAGAAUCGACAGAUCAAUUACAGAAAUUACAAAAGGAAUAUACUGCUACAAAAACUCAAUUGACAAUUGAAUUGGAAGAGAAGAAUGAUGCGAUUGCCGAUCUUUCAAAACGACUUCAAAGGCAUGAAGAAAGUUUUGAAAAUCUUUGUGAUGAAGUAACAAAAGCAAAGAAGCGUCAUGCUUUCCUGGAAGAGACAUAUGGGGGCAGCAUGAGAGAGCUGGAACUCCUUUUGGCUAAUUUUGCUGUGUCAGGCUCACGGUCAUCAGUCAAUCUAAGGGACAAAGAUAAGUUGUUAAACCCCUCUGUCGUCCUUGAGAAUUUGAGGCAAACCAUGACAGAUUACCAGAGCAGGCUAGAAGACACGUCUAAUGAGCUAAACAGAGUGAAGGAUUUGUACGACAAGAUAAAUGAGCAGUGUGAGGCAUAUAAAGAACUGAUUUGGUCAAGGAAUGAAAAUCGUGAGAAAAUUCAGGAAGAACUGGCAGUUACAAAUAAAAAGUUAAACCACUGGCGAAGCGAAUGUGCUGAAAAGGAUGCCCUUAUUGAUGCUAUGAGCAUGGACCUACAAAAUGUGAAACAUUGCUUUGAGAGGGAGAAAAAUUCCAAUGUUGAAGCUAAAAAUGAAAUUCAAAAGCUCACACGAGCUCAUCAAGUGGAUGUAGAGGAAAAGCUGACCUUUCUUCACGGCUUGUACCAGCGUCUGACAGCAGGCUGUGUAGUCAUGAAACAACCAGAUAGCAUGAUGUCAAAAUUCUCCUGGCCAGAACUGUGCUCUAUUCUGCAAGAAAAUGUUGAUGCCUUCAUUUCAGAUCUUAACAAGGCCAAUGAAAAGGAGUCCUACUUGGAGCACAUUUGUCGAAAUAAGGAAGAAACUAUACAGCAGCUACAGCAAAGUCAAGAAACUACCUUCAAUAAACUAACUGAACAGAUGAAAGAGCGAGAGGCUACUUGGCAAAAACAGAAAAAUGAAAUGGAGCAGCAUUAUUCUGAACUCCUUGGGGAGGUUCAUUCAAGGGCACAGUCAUGUCAUCUUGGAGCAGAAGAAGCCAAAGAAAAAGUUUCCAGUCUGGGGAAAGUCAAUGACCAGUUGACACUUGAACUAUCGUUCACAAAGAAAUUAUUGUCUCAGAAACAAAAGGAACAUGUCGCUUUGCUGGCAGCUUGUGCUCUGAUGGCAGGUGCUAUAUACCCAUUAUACAAUAGAUCCUGUGAAUUGUCUGUGCAGAAAGACUUCCUCAAAGAACAAAUUAAUGCGUGUGAAUAUUUCAAAAAUGAAAUCAGGACUGUUGUCCAGGUUCUUUCUCUGGAAGGAAAUCCGAGCAAAUCCAAGAAAAGGAAGAAGCCUCCAAGAGGACUGAUUCAGAUUUUCCGAAAAAGUGUUAUUGCAAUCAUAGCAGCCAACAGACUUCGAGCCUUUGGUCUGGGAUGUAGGCCGCUGUUUACUUGGAGUGAGGGAAUAAAGAACAAACCAAGACUUGCAGUUUGCUCAGGCAACACAAAGUCCUCUUUCACUGGUUCAAGACAGGAACAGGAGCAGAACCAAUUUACAAAGGCUGUUGGAUGGUUUUCAAGUUCUGACCUAUUGGCUGCAAUAGUUGAAACUAUGUCUGAAUUACAAGAUGUUAUCAUGAAAGCACACCCAAAUCACCUUCUUUCAAACUGGUCAAUGGAAAAUGCAGCUAAGAGUUCUUUUUCAAAAUUCAUGGACAGAUUAAGUGUGGAAAUGGAAAAUGUCUCGGUCUGGUGUGACAAACACACAGGAUGUGGACGUAAAAAAUCAUUAGUACAAAUACUGGGCUGUGGACUAUACAAAGUCAAUGCAAGAGCAGGAAAAGAAGGAUGCCAAGUCACCAUGCCUAUAAAGCAAUGCGUGGAAGUAUUGAAGAAGCAGAUCCUUGAGUUUACCCAGAGGUUGCAUGCAGCAGAAAUAGAACGGCGUUCAUUGCGUUUGGAACUCACACAACUCAAAAAUUACGUGAGUGACUUGAAAAGAGAAACGGGCAAAGCUCAGAUCCUUCAACAACAGCUGACUGACCUCAAACAGUCUCUCAAGACACAGAAGAUGGUUCCAUUUGAGAGAUUUGGCAGUAUUUGCGAAGAGCUGAAUAAUGCCUUGCAAAGGGAACAGCAAGCCCAGCUUCUAUUAAAUGAACAAGCCCAUCAGAUGCAGGAGUUAAAUCUACGACUGGAGCAACAUUCAAACAAAGAAGCUGAGAAGAAUCAAACACUCUCUGACGCUGUAAUGAGUCUCUCCGAAGCGAAAAUGGAACUGAGGAGAAAAGAUCAAUCUUUGCGUCAGCUAAACAAAAACCAAGCACAGCUGGAGCAAGACAAACGGCAACUUGAGGAGAGCAUCCAAGAUGCAGAAAACGCCUUGUGCAAAGCAGCAAAAGACAGAGAACACUUGAUUAGUUACCUGAGAGGUUUGGACGUCGGCUUUCAACAGGUCAGAGAUCAGAUCUCACUGUCAUGGUCUGUGACAGCAAGGAAUGACUUUACCCUGCAGCUCCCUAAGCUGCAGCUGGAGACCUUGGUAGCGAAAGGGCCAAAGGAUGGCCUGGAGGUUACAUCAUUGCAGAACUUAACCCAGACUUUUACGGACAUUUACCAGCUGGCUAGCUCCAGGGUUACCGCUCUGGAAGCAGAAAUUGCUUCACAUCAAAAACACAUUGGGGCUCUUAAAUCAGAACUUCAGACGGCAUGCCUGCGUGAAAAUAAUGCCUUAGUUCCACUAAUCAGGACUCAGAUGAAUCAACCAUUUGCCUCCCAUUCUGACAUGCUGUUGCCACAGGAGAAGAAUAUCAGUCAGGACUUUGCACCCUUGCAGGCUGAAAUGGACACUUCCUACAGCAUUCUGAGAGAGAGGUCAGGGAACAGCAGACCACAAUCACAUUCCUCAACAUACUCUCUUCAUGUCAGUUCAACCACUGGAUCCACAAGACCAGUACAGAAUGGCUUUUACAGCACACUUAGAUAACAAUUCUAAAGUCUAUUUGAAUGCAUGCAUGAACUAAGUAAACAACUCUGAAUGGCAAUCGGAAGCAAUCCUGCAUUUAUGUGUUAAAAUAAGCCUGUGUUAUUAUUCAUUUUAAUUUUUAAUUGAAUAGCUGUAUUUUUAAAUCCAAAAAGAAGUAAUUUUGCAUAGGUUUAAAAUCAAUAAGCCAUUUUAGUCUCUAUCUAUCAAAGUUUUUAUACAUGUCUGUUUUAAAGUGGGAUACAGCACUUUAAUAGGAUCGCUAAAGCUAUUUGAAGUGUAUACCAAUGAUUCCUGUCAUUUCAUGGCAGCGCUGCCAUGGUUCACUGAGCCCCCUCUUUGCUCUUGUCAACCAAACUGAAGACAAGCAUUUAGUUGCUAACUUUAAGCAGGUUGUGCAGACCAAGAGGAUGUGACUGGUUCUUCUCGACACAGUAAUGUCAUUCCUGGUCAGUGUGAGAAGGUCAGAUUGCCUCGCUCCUGAGCUACAUGAUGAUAGCAUUGCUCAGCUGAAUGUACUGAGUGAACAGUUGGAUCUGGUCCCUGCAGGCCCCCAACCUCAACCUUUUACAGGUCUGACGAGGAAAGGUGAAACAAAUGUGUCUGGAGAACUGGAGGUGACGUGUGUAUAUGGUACACAGUCAGUGUCUGAAUCAGUAUCAUUAUUGCCACUUAUCCACGCUUUCAAAGACUUCCUGAAGUAAUUCCUUUAGCCUUAAUGGAAAAAGUGAAACAGGCUUAUUAUUAAGCUGGACUGCUGCAGCUAAGAAAUCAGACUGUCCACAAGACCUGCUGCAGAUGCUGUGCAGCACACCCAGACCACUGACAUUCUGUUACCAAAUGUGAGGUUUCACAGCAGAGCACAACCUGGUUUUGUUACAGCAUGCGCAUAUAGAUUACUGUUCCUUUUACUCAAGCAAUGGAGGAUUCCUCCUAUUCCCUCUCGCCUGAAGGUAAUGUACUGGAACGCCAAAGUUAUACAUGGGAGCAAACAAAAAGGUGCAUGGGUAGAUCAAGUAAGGAGAAUGUAAUAUUUUUGCAAUCUCUAGGUUGAUUAACCUUCUUUCCAUCAAACUGUACCACAUGUAACAAAAGGUCCGGUGUUAGAAUAGGAGCACUUGCCCUGCAUUUUCUGCUUUGUAGCACACAGAAGAAAAAAGCACACAUCAGGCCAAGAUGUCAGUGUGUUGACAGCAAGCCCCUGUGACAUUUCAGCUCGAAAGAGCAAAUGUCUUGCAACCAACUGGUCAAAUAUCAAAUAAUAGGUCAGGCAGGAAAAAACUGAGUGGUAACCACGAGGUGAUUUCUGGUAACAUCUUUGACAAGCUUCUGGGUGCAGAGUAAGUAGAUGUAGAUGUGGAGUAAGAUAAUGUUUUUGCACAAACAGUACAGUGAUAGAUAACAAAAAAAUUAAUUAGUUUUGCAUUCAGAAAGACUAAUUCUGUUUUAGUCUCCUUAAUACCUAGUAUGUUACAAUAUUCAAUAAAUUCAUUAAAAUUAUUAAAAUAAUGUGGAACAUGCAAAUUACUUAUGCCUGCAAACAAAUAUCAUUUAACUAUCAAAGCAGCAACAACUGUACAGUAACAUUGAUAAAUUAAUAAUUAUCAUUUUAAAUGCAAGAUAAAUUUAUAUUCUUCCUUUAUACUUCAUUGUACAUAUGGUGGCAACAGGUAUAAUUAGCAACAACAAGGUCUGAAUAUAGUUUAAUUCACGGACAUAUUCAAAAUCAACUAUUUUUCAAUGAGAUCGCAGUAAAUAUAAACUACAUUUGUGCAAGCAUCUACAGUCAUUUAAGAUAUUUUGAUGACAGUCUAUUCAGCUCAAGCUAAGGAAACAUUUUCUGUACAAACAAAGAGAGUAAAUUUGAAUCAAAAUCUGGCCAUCUGAGAUGCUACAUAUCUGUGGUGAGCAGCAAUUUGUGGGAACGAAUUGUAGGAUUCCAAGAAUCAUGAAGUGGGAGAAAUGAGUGUUGUUUCCAGCACCAUCUCUGGCACCCCAUGAUUUGCUGGAGAUAAUAUUUUCCUUGUUGAAUGGCCUUAUCCAAAUUCCCUGGACUGAUUAAGGUGCCAGACAGUAGUGCAACCAAUAUAUUACCUACAGUUCAGAAAAUGCCUUCCUUAUGUUGUUGGAGCUCCAGAAUAAAUUGCAGCUAUCCUCUGGGAAGUGCUGUGACACCCAGAAGGUUUGGGGUUGGGAGUUCAUUUUUAAAUGGCCGUUUUGAAAGCGUAUAUUUUAAACUUGAAAUUCAUCUUUUCAUUCUCUUAUGAUCAGGCAAGUUUUAGGCCAUGUGCACUAGAGGUUUUAUUAUGAGCUUUACAAUUGUGGUACCCCAUCAGGUGUAUGACACUUUUCCCAAAUAAACAUCUACUUAAGGAUGAUUCAGGCACACAAACCGAUGCACAGGUUUAGUACAAUUCAUUAGUCCAAUAGCCAACAGUUCUAAGUCUUCUUAUAUCAUUCUAAUGGAGCAUUAGAGGAAAAGCAAAAUUCUUGUAGAGAUCUCAGGAUAUGUGUGUAUAUCCAGAUUCAAAGCUUAAGUGACUAGCGAAAGCAAGGUUGAAAUGUUAUCUUAUCUAGCGAAUUAACAAACAUUGUACAAUUUCAGAAUUUCUUUAAAACUGCUUCGAUUCAAUAUCAAUUUUGGAAGGGUUGCAAUGAAAUGUCGUACACAGAAUUUCCCCAGCUCUAAUCUAAAUCGGUGAUUAUAAAUAGAUUAUUAAAUAAUUUUGGAAGUGAAAUUUUACUAGAUUUAUAAUUAUUGCAUUAUAAAAUCAAAAAUAAUGACAUUUUUAUGUAUUGUUAAUGUUUGGGACUUGAAUAAAGAGUUACUGUUCAUGCCUUAUUUGUUUUUUUUUAUCUGUGUAUUCUUUGUCAUUAUGUUUGAAUUUGUGUUUGUAUAUAUUUUAUGGUUGUUGUGCAUUUCUUGUAAUUUUGAUUCAUUGAUUUUAAACUAUGAUGUACUUGACUAUGUUUGUAGACAUUUUAUUAAACGUCACGCUGGCAUUUUAAA